UCUUGGCAACAGGAGGAUCGAGACCCGCUCCGGCCCCGGUGCCCCAGACCCGACGCCCUGAAAGCUGCAACUUCCUUUCCCCUUUGGCGCUUUUUUUGUUUCUGUUGUUGUUUUUGGACCUACUGGAAAAUGAAGGGGAAGCCAUUUCAGAAGGCCACAAGUCAGAACUUACCAUGCCCCCAAACAAAGAGGCUAACAGUUUUGCCAGCCCCCCCGCAGGGCUCAUCUGCCUCCCUCCUAUCUCAGAGGAGCUGCAGCUCGUGUGGACCCAGGCUGCCCAGACCAGUGAGCUAGAUGGCAACGAGCACUUGUUACGGACUUUCAGUUACUUUCCCUACCCCAGCCUAGCAGACAUUGCACUGCUCUGCCUUCGCUAUGGACUGCAGAUGGAGAAAGUUAAGACCUGGUUUAUGGCCCAGCGCCUCCGCUGUGGCAUCAGCUGGUCAUCAGAAGAGAUUGAGGAGACUCGGGCCCGGGUUGUCUACAACCGGGACCAACUCCACUUCAAAUCCCUUCUUUCUCUUACUCAUCAUGCAGGGCGACCCCCUGAGGAUGUUCCACCCACCCCAGUGCCACCCCCAGACUCGGCUGGCACCCACAUUGGCCCUCUGACACUUAGUGAGCCCCCUCAGGUGAAACGGUUAAAGAUGGAGCCUGAAGAGUCCUCCUUACUGCCCUUGAGCCACCACAAGGCCAAGGAACCCCUGGUUGCACCUGGCAGUGGGGCCUUCCCCCAUCAACCUGGUUUCUGGCAGGAACUGCAAAGUGGUCUCUCCAAGGAGCUGAUAAGCAGAGGUCUUGACCAUCAACCACACAGCCUGGGAACUACUGCCUGGGAUCACUCUACUGGCUUCCAUCUGUCACACACUCGGGACAGGCCCUCACCUAUUGCAUUACUUGCCAAUAGCUGCAAGCAGGAGCCAGCAUCCAUCCUGCCUCCUUCCUCUACCUCUUCUUCCUCUUUCCAAGUAAUGGCUAAUGGAGCCACUGCCUCCUCUAAACCCCUUCAGUCACUGGGAUGUGUUCCUCAGCCACCCUCCCCCAACGAACAGGCACUACCUCCACAUUUGGAGCCUGCUUGGCCACAAGGUCUAAGACAUGGCCCAGGGCCAGGCAGAGUUGCUUCAGCAGAGUACUACUUCCCAGAUAUGCAGCGACAACGUAAGACCAAGCGCAAGACCAAAGAGCAGCUGGCCAUUCUAAAGUCCUUCUUUUUACAGUGUCAGUGGGCUCGGCGUGAGGAUUACUGCAAACUGGAACAAAUCACUGGCCUACCUAGACCUGAGAUUAUCCAAUGGUUUGGUGACACCCGCUAUGCCCUCAAGCAUGGACAACUGAAAUGGUUUCGCGAUAAUGCAGUGCCUGGCCCCCCCAGUUACCAGGAACCAGCUACCGCUACUCCACGACCUCUAGCCUGGCCUUUACAAGAAUGGACUGAGAUGCCUCCACUGCCCCUCCCUCCCCGUCCCCCAGACACAAGUCCCCUGGAACGGUACUGGAUAGUCCACCAACAGUUACGAGAAGAUGACCUCCCUCGACUGAGUCUAGAGUCAGGGUUGAGCACCCAGCAAGUGUUAGACUGGUUUUAUUCUCGUUCACCUGAGCCAGCAGAGGUGGUAGUUUGUCUGGAUGAAGAGGAUGAAGAAGAAGAGGAAGAAGACCUUCCAGAAGAGGAUGGGGGUGAGGAGGAAGAGGAGGAGGAAGAAGAAGAGGAUGAAGUGAUCAUACAGGAUUGAAUGGGGAAUUGGGGAGGGGGGUGUUAUUAGAAGAUGAACCAACUUAGUGACUGUUUAAACAAACAAAAAAACCCUCAUUUUUCUUACCUUGUUGUCAAAGAACUGAAAGGCUGUGUGUUUGGUGGGGGGAAGGUAGAGACAUAGAAAGUGAGGGUCUUGGGGUGGGGGGUGGAGGCCAGAGACCAGAAAUAUGAAAUAUGGGUCUUCUGUCCUUUAUCAUUCCUUUUUUUGAAGAGAGUGGGGAAUUUGACCCAAACUACCUUGGGUUGCCACCAGAACCUAGAUCGAUAUCUCUCUCUCUCUCUCCCUCCCUCUUCCCCUCCCUCCCUCUCUUUACCUCCUUCCCUCUCCUCCCCACCCCCCCAGCUUGUGUUGCCCUUUUUGUCCUAGUUUACUACAGUGACUGGAAUUAGGUCUCAAUUCUUGGAGGCCAUGAUUACUCAUAUAAAGAUAAUUGAUGAAGGAAAGUAAAGAGAGUUCUGAUUGAAGUUCAGCAGAAACUUAUGUAUGGUUCAGUGCAUCUUGCCAUUUCUGCUACAUUUUCCUUAGUAUGAGGGUCAAAGCUGCCUCACUCUCUUCCAUCUGAGUGCAUAUCUAAGGCAUGAUGUAGGGUAGAACCUUGGCCUGUCUCUAACUCACAUAUUUCCUUAUUCUCUCCACUUUAACUCAAACCUCAUGCUAUUCUUAUCUACUUAUCCACACUCUGUCACCAGCAGCAAAUGUACUACUUGUAAUGUUAAGAUUCUAUUUUUUUUUAAACUAACUUUGACAUAACCACCCUGCUCCUUAUAUGCCCCUUUGCUGGAUCAAGCCUUGUCCACAUUCUACCCAUAUCAUGGCAAUUUUCCCAGUGAGCACAAAGAAAGUACUGCAAUAAUGUAGUGGCUGAUCUAGAUGAAAUCUAUAGAUGGUAGAAAAUAGAGCAAAAACUUAACCCUAAGAGAAGCAAAUAGUGAUGAGGUGUCUGCUAUUCAUGAACUCAAUGGAAGAUGGUCCCAGGUUUGGUUUUACAAACCAGUCCCCUGUUACAUCUCUAUUGCCCAUAUUGCAAGGCCAGAGCUACAUAAGAGACUGGCAUUUCAUUUGUUUGGGGGAUUGGUUUUGUCACUAGGGGAAGAAUCUUUUUUCCACCUUAAUUUAUGUUGAAUGUCUUGGAAUAGAGGGACUAUGGCCUCUGCCUAAAUUAAUCUUUGGUUUGUUAUGGAAUGGUUUUCAUCAGUUGGUGUUGGAUAAAAAGAAAGUGUAAAUCA